AGCUAGUAUCGCGAGAUCUGUCGCCCCUUGCAGAUCAUUCCGACACUCCAUCCCCAAUUUACCUGUUACAAACACGCGGAACUUCUGCUCCGAAGAGAAGACCUUCCAAUUGCCGCCAGUCGAUUGACAGCACCUCCAGGCCGGAGGACUUCUUCGCCCCGGUCCUAGGGGACCCUCUGCUGGGUUUUUUUUUGCGAAUUGGUGAAUAAUUUUCAAAAUCAAACUUUGUGACUGUAAUAAGGCAGGCGUGGCCUAAAUUAAACUGCAACAGUGUUUACAAAUUCCUGAACUGAUUUUCUCGGUGGUAGUGAUGGAGAUGUGAAUUUUUGACAGACAACUGGAAAUUUCUGCAGAAAUGGUAGACGUCAUGGUAUCAUAUCUUCUAACCCUCGCCGUUGUUUCUACAAACGCAGUUUCAGAUAACUUCCAUUAUGGUGAUGACCGAAAAAAUGGACGAUCCGUUAUACUGAAGGAUGGAGUGGAGCCGGGGCAUUUUGAUGGUGACCUUUUUAACGUUUUUCCUGACGGUGGCACUCUGUCGUCUAUGGGACCACCUGCAGCUCCACAAAAUCGCUUUGAACCUUAUUUUGACGCACUGACUGCACGCAAUGUAACAGCCCUUGUUGGGAAAUCGGCUUAUCUCAGCUGCCGCGUACGAAAUUUAGGAAAUAAAACGGUUUCAUGGAUUCGCCACCGCGAUAUUCACAUUUUAACCGUCUCUAGUUACACUUACACCAGCGACCAGAGAUUCCAGGCACAUCAUACCAAGGACACCCAGGAAUGGACUUUGCAGAUCAAGUGGGCGCAAAAGAGAGAUGCCGGAAUUUACGAGUGUCAAAUUAGCACACAACCAGUCAGGAGUUAUUUCGUUAACCUUAAUGUUGUCGGUACAGACCAGCAAAAAAUGCAACAACAAGUUCCUACAGCCCAAAUACUUGGAGGACCCGAUUUACAUGUUGACAAAGGAAGCACCAUCAACUUGACAUGCUCGAUCCGAUUCAGCCCGGAACCUCCAGCUUACAUAUUUUGGUACCACAGAGAGGAAGUAAUAAGUUACGAUUCGACCAGAGGCGGCGUUAGCGUCAUCACUGAAAAAGGGGAAGUGACUACGAGCUACUUGUUAAUCCAACAUGCUGACAUUUCAGACUCCGGCAAAUAUUCUUGCAGUCCUUCUAACGCAGAUGUCGCCAGUGUCAGGGUUCAUGUCUUAAACGGUGAAAGACCAGCCGCUAUGCAAACUGGAUCAGCUGCACUAUCAAUCAAUUUUGUGACCACUGCCGCAGUGAUGGGAUUAUCUUUCUUGUACAAUGAUUUGGUCUACGGCUCUUGCGACGCAAGGAGAAUUUGCUUGAGAUCGUAAAGAAUUAAAGUAGUAACUUCCUACUGCAAGUGAAGUAAAUUUUAUUCGUUGUUGAUGUGCAAGCUGUGACUCUGUAUCAGGAACUGAAAGGAACUGUUAUUGAAUGAAAGUGUUAAACUUUAAGUGACAACUCUUGAUGGCGUUUCCCAGUGUUUAAAAUGUGUAUAAUUAAGAAAUAAAUGUAGAAGUCAUUGUUAUCAUCCUUCUGUUUGUUGUCCUCUAAGCGAAAUGAAAAAAAAUAAAAAAAAACUUUGGUCCAACAAACCAAUAUGUAUAUUUAUAUAAUUAAAGUGUUAUUAAUUUCGCUUCAACAGGGUAUACAUAUAAUUUUGGUCAUUUUUAACAUGUGUAACUUUGUAAUUAUUCAUAUAAUGUAGAUGAAAAGUUCUGUUGAUGGUGAAAUAAAUAUCCAAAUGGAAUUACAGUUUAAUUAAUUCAAUAAUUAUUUCCCAGUUUGCAAGCGAUUGCAACAAUUUCCAUCAAUUCUGAAACGACAGUGUAAAUUAAUGUACAUAUAGUAGGUAGUUUAAAUGUAAGCCACUGCUGUGUACAAGUACAGGGGCGGCGCUAGACUUUUUGUAUUUUUUCUAAAUCCUCCAAAAAAUCGCGCAGCCAUGCCGAUUUUUUUUCAAAAUUUACUAGCGACGUCAUUGUCAUCCGACACCUUGAAAAUCAGUGCAGAGGUUACUAAUCAUAGGGUAAUUAGAUCUCUUUGUUUUACUGUUCUAAAUGUAUUCAAAUUACAGAGUACCUAUAUCGACAAUUCAUUAUCUCAAAAUAAGAUGUGUAGUGUGUAAUUUAUAUUACUGUAAAGUUUACAAAUAAAUAAACACUCAUUUUAAAAAACUCA